AGAUAAGGAUUGCCUAAAAAUAUGGGAAUCAUUAAAAGAUGCGUUCAUUUACAAGGAUCCCUGUAAUAUUACAUCAGAAGACUAUCAGCCUUUAAUGGAGUUGGCAAGUCAUCCUAUACCCUGUAACAAGUCACUGUUUUGGAGCAAGACAAGUGACCUCGCUCAUCGUUACACAAAAUCCAAUCAAAAUUUCCUUACCUUGGAGGACACCUUGUUGGGUUAUAUGGCUGAUAGAGUUUCAUGGUGUGGAGACCCCUCUGCCCCAGGAAUCAACUAUGAAUCUUGUCCAAAACGAAGUGAAUGUGAGAGCAACCCUAGCUCUGUGUUCUGGAAAACGGCAUCCAAGAUGUUUGCAGAAGCAGCAUGUGGUGUGGUUCAAGUGAUACUCAAUGGAUCAAUAGAAGCUGGAGCUUUCAGAAGCAGCAGCAUCUUUGGAAGUGUUGAGAUCUUUAACCUAAAUCCAGCUAAAGUCUCUGCAGUACACGUUUGGCUUAUGCAUGACAUCGGCGGGCCCCGAAGUGAAUCCUGCUCAGGUCAUUCCAUAAAGAGGAUGAAAAGCAUCUUAGAAGAGCGAAACAUUAUGAUCACCUGUGAAGAUAAUUACAGGCCAGUUCAGCUUCUUCAGUGUGUGCGCAACCCUGACCACAUAGACUGCAGACUCUGCACCAACACCACAGCAGCUCCGUGA